CAUCACAUGACCCAUGCAAAGUUUAUGUUGCAGUUUAAUUUUCAAUGUAUUAGCUAUAGCUAUCAUAUUUAGUGAAAUCUACCAUGGCCGAAUUGAACAUAGGUUAUGAAGCUCUUGUGAGCUGUCAUGAAAAGCUGGUUUCUGAAAUUGCUCAAGACCCAAAGCAGAUGGCUAUCACAUUAUUCCAGCAUCGCUUCAUAUUUGAAGAUACAAAAGCUAUAAUUAAUGAGCUUGACAGAACCAAAAGAGAUAAAGCGAUAUUGCUAGUGGACGACAUUGAAAGCAAAGUCAAGUGUUAUCCAGAGUUCUAUGAAAAAUUCCUGCUAAUUCUCGGUGAAAAUGAAUUGCUGUAUUGCAACCUUGUGAAGUCGCUCCAAGAGGAGUAUGAAAGGAUUGAAGCCGAGUCUAAAGAGGAUAUUCUUGAGUUACCCUCCAUGGAUGAUGGAGAGACACUACCUGAUCCAUUAGAGCACCCUCCUGAUGACACUGAAGUGGGAGCAGACCUCAGAGCAGCUGCAACAAGCCGACAGGAAGCCCCUACAGUUAAUACAUUCGAAGGACGGUUGCUGCAAUUCUUCCAAAGUGGAGAAUUUGAACAAGUCAUCGAGAUUCUCUCCCUGGCUGAAAGUCAAUCCAUUGAUCUCAGGAAUGUGUCUGAUGCAGACGGCAAAACACUCCUUCAUCUUGCAUGCCGCAAAAACUGGGUAGACUGGCAUGGCAUUGUGGGUAGCCUCGUCGAAAAGCACAAUUGUGAUGUUGCAGCAGUUGAUGAAGAUGGGAACACACCCCUUCAUGAGGCAUAUCAAUGUGGCAAUCUCCCAUCCGUAGAGUACCUGCUUAGGUUACCAACUUGUAAUCCUGAUGCAAUUAACAAGCACGACUACACUGUACUGAGAAAGGCUCUUGAGGUAAAUGACAAGAAAACUGUGACACAACUUCUAGCAACAGGACGAGUUGAUCCAAGAAAAGGUAGCUCACGCGGUCAUAGUUACUCAGAAUUGCUUGCAAUGAAUCAGCUCCAACCACAACCACAAGAUUACGAUGGCUCAGCUCUUCAAAUGGUGACCCAGUUUGCAGAAUGCAUGGAAGGUAGCAAUCAUGUUCGCCAACCGUUCACUUCUUAUUGCUUGCGUGAUACACUCCAUAAGAUCUUGAAGAAUCGUGAUCAAGUUUCAAUCACUGGAAUAGUAGAUCGUAUUCAAGAGAACAUGUUACCUCUUCCAGCAAACACAGACGAGAUUCAUGAUCUGCUUAUUGAUAUUCAAACCCUGUCAAACGAGUUUGACAUACGUGGGGACUAUACUAAUGAGUUUGGGGAAGUUCAAGUUCGAAGAAAAGAUAUGCCAUUAAUAGGUAUUCCUGAGUUACCUACCAUUGAUGACAGAGGGAUACUAUUGGACCCAUUAGAGGACCCUCCUGAUGACACUGAAGAGAGAGACCCAGAGGACCUCAGAGCAGCUGUAACAAGUCCACAGGAGACCCCGACAGUUGAUACAUUUGAGGGACGAUUGCUGCAAACCUUCCAAAGUGGAGAAUUUGAACAAACCAUUGAGCUUCUAUCUCAGGCUGAAAGUCAUUCCAUUGAUCUGAGAGGCGUGUCUGAUGCAGACGGUAAAACUCUCCUUCAUCUUGCUUGUCGCAAAAACUGGAUGGACUGGAAGAGUAUUGUGCGUAGCCUCAUUGAAAAGCACCAUUGCGAUGUUGCAGCAGUGGAUGAAGAUGGGAACACGCCCCUUCAUGAGGCAUGUCAAUGUGGCAAUCUCCCAUCCAUAGAGUAUCUGCUUAGCUUACCGACUUGUAAUCUUGAUGCAAUUAACAAGCACGACUACACUGGACUGAGAAUGGCCCUUAAGGUAAAGGACAAACCAACUGUAAGAUAUCUUCUAGCGACAGGACGAGUUGAUCCUAGAAAAGGUAGCCCACGCGGUCAUACAUACUCAGAAUUACUUGCAAUGAAUCAGCUCCAACCACAACCACAAGAUUAUGAUGGCUCAGCUCUUCAAAUGGUGAUCCAGUUUGUAGAAUGCAUGGAGGGUAGCAAUCAUGUUCGCCAACCGUUCACUUCUUACUGCUUGCUUGACACACUCCACAAGAUUUUGAGCAAUCGUGAUCAAGUUUCAAUCACUGCAAUAGUACACCACAUCAAAGAUAAGAUGUUACCUCUUCCAGAAAAAACGGACAAGAUUUAUGAUCUGCUUAUUGAUAUUCAAACCCUGUCAGACGAGUUUGACAUACGUGGGGACUAUGAGUUUGGGGAAGUUCAAAUCAUAAAGAAAGGAGAGAGGUCUGUACCUCGAAAUGUUGAGGUUCUAGCUGAUAGCACCAGGAUUGAAGAUCAGGAUACACCUGACUACUACUCUGAUGCAAGCGAUGAAGUACCCUUUAUCAGCCGUCGCCAGAGCCUGAGAUGUAGUGCAACAACAACAAAAAAAUCAGCAUAUAUAAUAUUCUGCCUUAUUGGUUAUAGUUUGUUUGCUCUCUUCUUAACUCUUGCAAUCAGAGAACCAAUGCACUAUUCAGUCGUUGGUACCACCAGUGUGGUGCAAAUUCACCGGCAAUCUGUGCCACUGAUUUCCGGUAAUGACUUAUCCAUUAUGAGGCUCACAGAGACCGGAGCAGACCUAGUCCCUAUUACCUUCUAUUCGUUAAGCAGUUGUUCGUCUCAUGAAUCUUUCGUAGACGUCAAGAUCAAUGAGACAGUGACUGUAAACUUUGGCUCGACUAAUAAGAGCAGGGCUGUUACUGAAUUGUAUCUGGUGAGACACACUACAUUGACAGUAGAUAUCACCACUGACGUCAUACCAACCUAUGCAACCAAUCAUUGUGUUGCAUUUCUCCUUGUUUUUGACAAGUUAGACAAGUUCUUAAGCUUCACUUUAAGCUCAUUUUUAGUCGAAGAAUUCUAUUACAAAGAAUGUAUUGUUAAUGAACAAUUACAGAUGAAGAUCUUGACAUUCGACAAACCAUCGUACUACUAUAUCGGUGUGUACACGGACAUUCCCACUGAAGCUACUACUUUCUCUUUACACUUUCUCGGAACGUAUCUUCAAUACGACAUUUCAAAAGGGAAUGCUGUGUGCUCUAUAAACUCUAUUGAAAUUUUAAGUUGUGAUUUCCCGGAUUAUAUCAACCAGCAAACCUGUAUUGUUGGUUCUGUACCACCCGCUAUAUCUACUGAUACACCAUUUGGAGUAACUGUAAGCUCUUCCGCUAUUGCAAACCCUGGUGCAGCUAUAGUAUAUUAUUUUAUUUCUAUAAUUUCUAUUUUUGUAGUUAUAGUGACUAGUGUCGGUCUUUGUAUUUAUUUGUGUUCACUUGUUACAUGUUAAUUAAUCACAACUUACACUCAUCCACUCUUAAUUAUUGCAUAACAGUCUUUGUUCACACUUUGAAUUGUGGUUUAGGCCUCAUCUUUGUACUGAAACUCCACCUAGGGGCUCUGCUCCUAGUAUGGUUUUGGGCCUCUUUGAUUAAUUAAUGUCAGUUCUGUUUUUGCUCUAAAAAAAUGUCAGUUAUUGUUACGCUAUUAUCUCUAAGA